AUGACUUGUGGAAUUAGCACUGUGGGCUGUGGAUUCCGCCCCAGAAAUUUUAGCUGCGUCUCGGCCUUCGUGCCUAGGUUGGGUGACCGCUGCUGCAUCAGUGCUGCUCCCUACCGAGGAGUGUCCUGCUACAGGGGACUGACCGGCUUUGGCAGCCGCAGCAUCUGCGGAGGCUACAGGGCUGGCUCCUGCGGCCGGAGCUUCGGCUACCGCUCUGGGGGAGUGUGUGGACCCAGCCCUCCCUGCAUCACCACCGUGUCUGUCAACGAGAGCCUCCUGACCCCCCUCAACCUGGAGGUUGACCCCAAUGCCCAGUGUGUGAAGCAUGAGGAGAAGGAACAGAUCAAGUGUCUCAACAGCAAGUUUGCUGCCUUCAUUGAUAAGGUACGAUUCCUGGAGCAGCAGAACAAGCUUCUGGAGACCAAGUGGCAAUUCUACCAGAACCGGAAAUGCUGCGAGAGCAACUUGGAGCCCCUGUUUCAGGGCUACAUCGAGACCCUGAGGCGGGAGCUGGAGUGCGUGGAGGCUGACAGUGGUCGCCUGGCUUCUGAGCUCAAUCACGUGCAGGAAGUGCUGGAGGGCUACAAGAAAAAGUAUGAGGAAGAAGUCGCUCUUCGGGCUACAGCUGAGAACGAGUUUGUGGCACUGAAGAAGGAAGUAGACUGUGCCUACCUACGAAAGUCAGACCUGGAAGCCAAUGCUGAGGCACUGACAGAAGAGAUCAACUUCUUGAGAGCCCUGUAUGAGGAGGAGAUCCGAAUCCUCCACACCCACAUCUCAGACACCUCCGUCGUGGUAAAGAUGGACAACAGCCGAGAACUCAACAUGGACUGUGUCAUUGCCGAGAUCAAGGCUCAGUACGAUGACAUCGCCAGCCGCAGCCGGGCUGAGGCCGAGUCCUGGUACCGAAGCAAGUGUGAGGAGAUGAAGGCCACAGUGAUCCGCCAUGGGGAGAGUCUACGCAGGACGAAGGAGGAGAUUAAUGAGCUGAACCGCAUGAUCCAGAGGCUGACUGCUGAGGUGGAGAAUGCCAAGUGCCAGAAUUCCAAGCUGGAGGUUGCUGUGACCCAGUCUGAACAACAGGGUGAGACUGCCCUCAAUGAUGCCCGCUGCAAGCUGGCAGGCCUGGAGGAGGCUCUGCAGAAAGCCAAGCAGGACAUGGCUUGUCUACUGAGGGAGUACCAGGAGGUCAUGAAUUCCAAGCUGGGGCUGGACAUUGAGAUCGCCACCUACAAACGGCUGCUGGAGGGCGAGGAAUACAGGCUAUGUGAAGGUGUUGGUGCUGUGAAUGUCUGUGUGAGUAGCUCCCGGGGUGGUGUCUCUUGUGGUGACCUUUGCCAGUCCGGCUCUCGACCCAUCACCGGCAGUGUCUGUAGUGCCCCUUGCAGUGGGAACCUGGUGGUGAGCACCGGAACCUGUGCUCCCUGUGGACCCCUCAGCACCAGCUGUGGAAGAUUCUAGAAGGAGCCAGAGAACCAGAGGUGCCCUUUCCAUCAUCUCCAGAUGUGUUCUAUUCCCUAACAGCCCCCCCCCAGAUCUCAGCCUCCUAAAACAGCUGUUUUCCUACCUCGUGUUCUGAGAAUACACCAAACUCCCCAUUCCCUUACACCCAUGAUCUGGAAACAUAUCUCUGAUGGUAGGGAAAUAGAUCCCAUUUACAGCUCCUUCUUGGAUCCUGGACCCAAAAGGGGUUUGUAUACAGGGCAUUGCUAAUCUGCCUCAAUCCUUCUCAAUGCAUAUUGUCUUAUGUUUAUCCAAUAAACUUUGGAAGCCA